AUGCCCGACUUCACAGAUCAUCUCAAACCUCGCUAUGACGGUACAGCGACAUUACAGGCAGAACGCGAUGCCUCUACCAUCAACGUCCGCGACCUCGCCAACCACCUCCUCUCCCGCGACGGAUUCCUCCAGGCACAAGACAGGGUCCUCAAGGUCCUGAGCAAUGAGAAGCUGUUCAAAAAGGACCAGCAAUUGAACCUAUCCCGGCCCGAGAGGUACCAUCUGGGGCUCGCUCGGGCCAAAGCGAUCAGGAGAAUUGGGAGGACGCAGGGUUGGGGCGACAAAGAGUACGCCAUGGCCGAGUAUCUAAACGACGAGAUGAGUCCUUAUUUCCUGCACAUGUCCAUGUUUGUUACGACUGUACGCGAGCAAGGUUCCGAAGAACAGCAGGCAUACUGGAUGCCACAGAUCCUGAACUACGACAUCAUUGGCUGCUACGCCCAGACGGAGCUGGGACAUGGGAGCAAUGUGCGUGGCUUGGAGACGACGGCCAAGUGGGAUCCGGUGAAAAAGGAAUUUGAGAUUCACAGUCCAUAUCUCACGGCGAGCAAGUGGUGGAACGGUUCCAUGGGAAGGACGGCAACGCAUGCGAUUGUCGUGGCACAGCUGCUACUGCCCAAGAAAGGCAGCAAGACCGACGACGACGAGUAUCAAAGCCACGGACCCCAGCCCUUCAUCGUGCAGAUCCGAGAUACGAAGACACAUCAGCCCUUGGAUGGCAUUGUCGUGGGAGACAUCGGGCCGAAGUACGGAUAUGCGUCCAUGGAUAACGGAUACAUGUUGUUUGACCACCACCGGGUCGCCAAGUCGGCAAUGCUGUCACGAUACGCAGAAGUCUCCGAUGAGACUGGGGCACUGAAUCGACGCGGUCACCCCGCCGUCGUGUAUGGUUCGUUGACCUUUGUUCGCGGCCAGAUCAUCAUGCAUGCUCGCCUCAUCCUAGCGAGAGCCGUUACGAUUGCUGUCCGGUACUGCUCUAUUCGCAGGCAGUUCAAGGAUCGGGACUCGACUUCGCCUGCAGACGAGGAGUUGAAGGUCUUGGAUUAUCCCACAGUGCAGAUUCGCAUACUGCCCCUAUUGGCGACGACAUUUGCGCUGCAUUAUACGGGCGAGAUGAUGUAUAAUUUGUACCACAAGACGCGACAGACAAUCGAGAAGGGCGAUUUUGGCAUGCUGGCCGAGCUCCACAGCGCGAGCAGUGGGCUGAAGAGUCUAUGCACGAUGCUGGCAGCCGAUGGCAUCGAGACCUGCAGGAGAGCGAUGGGCGGACAUGGCUUUGGCGGAGGGAGUGGAUUGGUGGGAACAAACGCUGAUUAUCUUUCCAAGCCCACGGUCGAGGGCGAUAAUUGGAUGAUUACACAGCAGGUUGCAUCCUAUCUGAUCAAGAAAAUGACACAUGCCGUUGCUAAUCUUGACGCCCCACCAAAAGACCCGACAGACGAGCUCUUCCAGUUCUACCUGAAGAAUCGCGCGCAUAGGAUACCCCAGACCGUGGCACACGACGGCGAGUAUGACGACCAGGCCAUAGUCGAUGUGUUCCAGUGGCGCGCAGCGGAUCUGAGCUACCGAGCCUACCAUGCGCGGGUCGUGGAGAAGAAACCAUGGACGAAACUCAUGAUCCAACUCCACAACCUCAGUCGCGCUUACUCGGAGCAGAUCUUGGUCACCACCUUCUUCAACUCGUUCCACGAGACGGCGACGUCACUUUCCGGUCCAACGCCUGGGGUCUUGAAGACGUGUUUCCGCCUUUACGCAUUGUUCACGCUGGAUGCGUUUGCGUCGUCGUUUACGCUGACCAAUGCUGUCGCGCCCGAUUCGAUUUAUUCGUUAUCGGAUGCUAUUCUCGACCUGAUGACGGAGCUGCGGCCGCAUGCCGUGAAGCUCGUUGACGCAUGGUCGAUUCCGGAUUGGCUGCUGGACAGCGCGCUAGGAAGGUCGGACGGAAAGGUGUAUGAGGAAUUGUAUGACAUGGCGCAUCGGAGAAAUCCUUUGAACCGCGUUACUUUCAACCCAGACUGGAGGAGUGAUGAGAUUGUUCUUGGGAGCGGAGACGGCGGAAGACAUAUCCUCGCUAAGCUGUAACUUUAUUACUACGCAUACAUAUACGAGUGCUAUAGAUCAUCUCUUGACCUGUAGGAGCAUCUUUGACAAGGCUAGGUAGUGCGAAGGAAC